GGUCGAAGGAGGGAGGGAGUUGGAGGACACGCGGCUGUCGUAAAGCGACGACGUCGCAAAGUUGGCCCCUUCUCGCGCCUCUCUCUCCCCCCGCCCCUCUCUACUUUACGGCGCCGCCGUCAGCACGCGGCCUCUCUUUCAGGCAAGAUGGCGACAGGGACGCUGUACACGUACCCGGAGAACUGGCGAGCCUUCAAGGCCCUGGUCGCGGCGCAGUACAGCGGGGCCAAGAUCAAAGUGGUCGCGGAAACUCCCGAGUUCAUCUUCGGGCAGACGAACAAAAGCGAAAAGUUUAUCGCCAAGUUCCCGCUAGGAAAGGUACCAGCUUUUGAAGGGAGCAAUGGAUUCUCAUUGUUUGAGAGCAAUGCCAUUGCACACUAUGUUGCCAACAACUCCCUGCGUGGUGAUAACAAUGAGGCGUCGGCGAAAGUCCAGCAGUGGAUCAGCUUCGCCGACAGCGAGAUCGUUCCAGCCUCCGCCACCUGGGUCUUCCCCACGCUUGGUAUCGUUCAGUACAACAAGCAGUCAACAGAUCGGGCAAAGGAAGAUGUCAAGAAAGCCUUGGGCAUUUUGAACGAGCAUCUAAAGGCUCACACUUUCCUGGUGGGGGAGCGAGUCAGUUUGGCGGACAUCACGGUGGUGUGCAGUCUUCUCGCACUCUACAAACAGGUUCUGGAGCCCUCGUUUCGUCAGCCAUUUGGCAACGCAAACCGCUGGUUUACCACCUGCAUCAACCAGCCACAGUUCAAGGCUGUGCUGGGAGAAGUGAAGCUGUGUGACAAGAUGGCCCAGUUUGAUGCCAAAAAGUUUGCGGAACUACAGCCCAAGAAAGACACCCAUUGCAAGGAGAAGUCCACAAAAGAGAACAAACACCACGACGAGAAGAAGGAAAAGAAGAAGGAGGAGCCUGCGGCCGCUGAGGAAGAUUUUGACGCUGCAGAUGAAGCGCUCGCAAAUGAACCCAAAGCCAAAGACCCCUUUGCUGCCCUGCCCAAGAGUGCGUUCGUUUUGGACGAGUUCAAGCGGAAGUACUCGAACGAGGACACGCUUACGGUGGCAAUCCCGCACUUCUGGCAGCACUUCGAUAAGGAGGGCUGGUCCAUCUGGUACGGCGAGUACAAAUACCCGGACGAACUCACUCAAAUCUUCAUGAGCUGCAAUCUCAUCACAGGAAUGUUCCAGCGCCUGGAUAAGCUGCGUAAGAACGCCUUUGCCAGUGCGAUUCUCUUUGGAGAAAACAACAAGAGCUCCAUCUCCGGAAUCUGGGUCUUCCGUGGCCAGGAACUUGCCUUUGAGCUGUCCAGCGACUGGAAGGUCGACUUUGAGUCGUAUGCCUGGCGCAAGCUGGACCCCGACAGCGAGGAAUGCAAGACCAUGGUGAAGGAGUACUUCUCUUGGGAAGGUGCAUUCAGUCACGUGGGCAAACCCUUCAACCAGGGGAAGAUCUUCAAGUGAAAACCACAAACUUGUCCUCCGCAUUGCACAUCGCCAUCUCUUGUUCGCCAUGAUUACGUGUAAUCUCAAGGUCCCUGUCGGCAAGAGACGGUCGUGAAGUUGCAAAAAAUAAUUUAGCAGCAGUUUCUCAAGCCCUUGACGUUUAUUUUGAGUGUCACAUGAGGUGUUAAGUGAACUUGUUGUGCUGUCUUGCUUAAAAACAAGGUAGUUAAUAGGGGCACUCAAGUGAUUGUGUUCUCAGUGUACCUGCAUACCAUCCUGAUCGCGUUUACAAUGCAGUAUUGUGAGCUGUUUGACUGCUGUUAAAAAAAUAAAUUAACCUCGGCUGAAA